AUGGCUGAAUGUGCCGAGAAAGAAGCGAAUACAAGUGAUAAUGCGGACUCUGUCGGUGGGAAAGUUAAAGGAGAGACUGAGGAUCGUGUAAAGCUAUGUGGGCCGUGUUUGGAGGAAGAAACCGAGGUUCCAGCAACGAAGUUUUGCAUUGAUUGUGAGGAGCAUCUCUGUGAUACAUGCGUCCAGUAUCAUCGUAAGGUCAAACUGACUAAAACCCAUGAACUGAUUGAUACUGGUGCUGGAGAACAAGGCUUUAGGAAAAGUGAUGGACACCUCGAUACAUUUAACUGCACGAUUCACCAGAGAGUCAUAACUCAUUAUUGUGAGAAACAUGAUAAAUUAUGUUGCUCCAAGUGCAUUGAUGGUGCACAUAGCAUAUGUGCAGAGUUCAUUUACAAUGUUAAAGGUACAGACACAUCAAUUAACGAGAAACCGGAGUUUAAAGAAUUUGUAGAGAAAAUGCAUAAGCUGACACUCGUUUUCAAGGAAAUCAAACAAAGAACGGCAACGAACAUUGAAAAGGGAAUGGAAAACUUUGAAAAAGAUAUAGAGACACUACGGGAAGCUAUGGAUAAAGAAGUCGCAAGAAUUCAAACUAUAGAAUCUUCCUGUGAUUCUGUUUUGGGAGACUUAAAGAGAUGGAAAGAUAUGGUUGAAAACAGGACUCAUUCGGCAAUUGAUGAAGAAUCAGGAUCCAUAUUCCUCAUAGGCAAAGAACCAUUUGGACUUAAAGAAAUCACUAACAAUGGUGAGGUAGAGGCAGUUUCUCUUACAACAUCAAUUGGAAGUCCAGGAGGGAUAGUUUUAGAUACUAACGGUACAUUUCUGGUCAGCAGCGAGAGUGAAAAGAGUAUCAAACGAGUAUCUUUAGAGGGAAGUGUGGAGGAUUACAUCACUGGUUUAGAGUUUGUACCACACGGACUGGGGAUGGAUAGAGUGAGACGGUUAUUGAUGGAUCUGCUUCAUGAUGUCUCCAUGGAUGUCAACGAUGCUACCGACCGCCGGAACUGGGGCUGGCAGGAUCCCAUGUUCCAGUGUGGCCACUCAACGAUCCUUGUGCCACCACCAGCCACGGUCAGCGUUAUCAUCACCCCCUCCAGCGGACGACAACGAGCAAAGUAG